CUAGUGAGAGUGGUCGGAGAAUGCGAUGCGACUAACCCCAAGGGCCUGUUCCAGCAAGGCAGCUGUGCAGUAUGGGUGUGUGCGUUUAUGCUGCUCCACACUCAUCAACACAUUUACACAAUAUAUAAAGUAGUCCUUCUUAUUAAUAUCGCAAUUUUUACGGCAUUGCCAAAAAUAGACAAAAUCUCGAGAAAGCGCAAACAAAGAAGUCAACCUGAGGAAAUGUGAACAGGAAGUGGAGAUGAAAAAGUGAAGGCAAACAAGUGGAGACCAGGAUAUGGAGACCAGUGAAUAGAGGUGAGAAAGGGAAGACACGGAAAUGAUCAUGUGAAGAUAAGCAAGCGGAAAAGGUAGUUAGGAUGAGGAUGCGCGGGCAACAACGUGUAGGCGCGAGUUAUGAAGAGGUGAAGAAGAUGAGGAAGCGGAGAUGAGGACGUGGAGACGGGGAAUGAGAAAACAAUGAUGCGGGAAUAAGGAAGUGAAGACAAAAAAAAAAGUGGAGAUGAUGAUGCAGAAAUGAGAAAGUUGACCAAAAAAAAAUGACAGAUGUGAUCGUCCAGACGUGGAAAGGGAAGGGAGUGUGGACAAGUAAACGAAGAUGAGAACGCAAAGACCAAGAUGUAACGAGAAAUAUGUGAAGACGAGGAUGUACGGAUAAAGCGGAGGCAAGAAGAAGAAGACGAGGAAGUAGAGAUAAUAAAAUGUAGACAUGGAAAUAGAGACAAGAGGAAGUACAAUGAAGUGGAGAUGGGAGGAAAGAGAUGAUGAAGUGGAGACAAGGAAGUGGAAACUAUAAAGUUUCCAUGAAGAAGUGGAGGAGAAGAUGAACAUGAAGCGAGAAAGUGGAGACAGGAAGUCAAAGUCAAAGUCACGGAUGUGGAGAAGAGGUUGUGGCGUCCGGAGUCCAGACAAGGACGUGGAGACAAGAAAGUGAAGACUGAAAAGCGGAUACAAGGAAGUUGAGCUGAUCCGCCCAACGCUCCUUUUGAAGUGUCAUCACCUCAGAAUGUGAUGAUGACGCAGAGAGCGACGCCACCUCAUCACAAAAAGACCAAAAUAUGCAUCGCCAUGAUGUCGGGCCAUCGGCCCUUUGCAGAGAAGGAGAGUGCCGGGGAGCUGAGGGUGCGCGAGCCCAAGAUGGAGGAGAACAUUGCCUCCUACCUGAGGUUUCUGGAGGGCAACUACCGCAAGAUGCUGAUUGAGAACUCUGAGCUGUCCAACACCAUGCGGGCCGGAGAGAAGACACAGGCGGAGCUGCGCAAGAGCAACCUGGAGCUGGAGCGCUUCAAGGUGGAGCUGCGCACCAUCAAUGUGGAGCUGGAGAGCGUCCGAGUGGAGCUGCGCAAGACCAACCGCGAGCUGGACGAAAUCAAGGCCUCUAAGGAUGACCUGGCCACCGAGAUGGCCGAAAAGGAGGCCAGCUGGAGGCGUGAGAAGGAGGAGCUGCUCCAGGGCAGGGACGAAAAGCAGGAGGAUCUGGAGACCCUCGAGGACAUGGCUGGAGGAUGGACCGUGGCGGAGGAGAAGGAGAAUGAGGCGACAGAGGAGGACGGCAAAGACUGCGAUGAGACACUGAAGGACCCGGAGACCCAUCUGGAGCUGGCUGGAGGAUGGAGGGUGGCUAAGGAAAAGGAGGUGAAGAUAAAAGAGAAAGAAGCGCUGGCGGAGAUAGAUUAUGGCAAAGGGUGUUCCGAGAAGGAGAAGGACAAAGAACCGGAAGCGAAAGCUCAAAAGGAUGAGGAUAAAAACAGGGGGGACAACACACAGGAGGAGCAGGAGGAGGAUGGCAAAUGCUGGGGGAGGCAGCAGAAGGAACACGACGACCAGAGAGAGAAAUAUGAGAAUAAGGAGGAGGGCGCAAAGGAGGAAGAAAGCAAAAAGGAGAAAGGGAAGGAAAAGAUUGUGGAAGCGAACGGGACACGUGAGGUGGAAGCAAGCCAAAAGGAAGAAACGGGACAGGAGAAGGAGGUCAAAGAGCAGGAAAAUAUGGAGGCCAAGGAGAAGGAAACCAACCGUGACGAGAGGGAACAGAAACUGGGGGAGAAAGAGAGGGAAAAUCAGGAGAAGAAAGAGACUGACAGCGAUCAGAGGGAGCAGGAAGAAAUGGAAAAUGAGCAAAAGAGAGAAAACAACCCAAAUCAGCAGGCAGAGCGCGAGGAAGAAGUGAAAGGGAGGCACAAUCAGGAGAACGAGGAGAAGAAAGAGAGGGAGAGCGGAACCUCCGCUCACCGGACGGAGAAGGAGGUGAAGAAUGAGCGCACGCUGGAGAGCGGCCGUCUGAAGGAUUUCGAGGAGAAGGAGGACAGGGAGCAGCAAGAGGUGGCGAAAGGUGCUCGAAAUGAGGAGGAGAAGAUGACUCCAAGCGGCUGGAAGGAGGAGAGAACGGAGAUGAAGAAUGAAUGGGAAAGGAGAGACAAGGGGACAAACAAGGAGGAUAAACUGGAGGACGAGUGGAGGGAGAGGGUGACCAAAAUCAAGGACGAGUGGCGAGACAGAGAACGCAAGGAGGACGAGAGGAGGAAGGAGAAAGACCGCAAGCUGAAGGAGGACUGGGUGGAGAUGGAGAAGAAGGAGGAGGAGAAGAGGAAGGACCGCGAGAGGAGGCUGAAGGCCGAGCGGAAGGAGAGGGAGAAGCGGGAAGGUGAGAAAAGAAGGGAGAGGGAGAAGCUCAAGGCCGAGUGGAGGGUGAAGGAGAUGAAGGAGGAGGAGAGGCGCAAGGAGAGGGAGAAGAGGAAGGACGAGUGGUGGGACAGCGAGGAGGAGGAUCUGGGCGAGAGGAGGGGGGAGGAGAGGAGGGAACGCGAGAGGAGGGAUAGGGAGGAGUGGAAGGAGAAGGAGAAGCUGCGGGCCGAGUGGAGGGAGCGAGAGAGGAGGGAGGAGGAGAAGAGGAAGGAGCGGGAGAGGAAGCUGAAGGCCGAGUGGGAGGAGAUGGAGAAGCGGGACAAGGAGAAGAGAAAGGUGAGGCAGAAGAAGGAGCAGAGGACGGUGCGAGAGAAGAGGAGGGAGGAGAGGAGGAGGGGAGCGGGAGGCGACGAGGCCAAGGAGAUGUCCUUCUUCGGGAGGGUCAUCAAUCGCAUCUGCUGUGGCGAGAGAAAACAAGACUGAAGCUCCGCCUCUUCAAAAUCAACAAACAACCCCCAAAAUUGAUAGGACUCCCGUUCCUCAAAAUCUAAAGAAAGAAAAAAAAAAAAGAAUUCAAAAACAUUCCUCAGAGGCAAUGGGAUUCUUGUCCUCGCACCGACGACAAAACUCACAAAACGACAAAAUUCCCAUUUCUUAAAAUCAACAGGAUUCUGGUCCAGGAACAGAAGAACCGCUCCUCAAAACUCUCCAAAUCAACGGGAUUUGUGUACUGGUGCUGAACAAUGAAGCCCCCAAAUUCAGAAUAUCCAGUCAAAAUCAAAUUCUUCUCCUGGCACCAAACAACAAAUCGCCCAAUUCAAACACAUUCCAGUUCUUCAAAAUGGGCAAGAUUAGUUUCUGACCCUCAACCAACAAUUCUUCGUAAUCAAGAGCAUUCCCGUUCCUGAAAAUCAAAUGGAUUAUUCACCCUGGCCCUGAACAAUAUUCCACAAAAAUCAAGAAACCCAUUCUUGCACUGGCACAAACCCAUUUCUCAAAACCAACAGCAUUUCCCACUCCUCAAAAUAGGCCGGCUUCUUUCCUCGAGACUGAACAACACUGCCACCAGUGACUCCAUAUUUACACUGUCGCUGUGUUCUGAAUUGUCCAUUCCGGGGAUGAAUAAAGUAUCUACCUAUC